AUGUGUUCUUGGGGAAUAUCCACCCUCCUUUGGCCCAGCCGAUCUGGGACCUUCAGCCGCGACUACGUCUCAUACGGCGUCCGCACCAGCUCAUCCAACCGUCGUCAGAGCUACAGCCGACCAGCCCCUCUGUCCUAUUCCGUCGGUGUCAAUUCUGGGUCCAGCGCUUACUACGGAUCCCGAUACCACCCAUCGUCCUCUUCGCGCACCGUCUCGGGCGACCCGUGGACACCGCCGCCGCGGGUAGCCUCAUUUGUGCCGAGCCAGGGCCAGAGUCAGAGUCAGAGCUGUCGCAGCUCACGUAGCCACCAGGGAUAUACGUCCAGCUACCGAACUGCGGCCGACGCCUUCCGCCACAGCAGCUGUGAUCCCGUUCCGUCCGCCGAGCCGUCGAGGCGGCAUUCCGGACAGAAGCAUGUCCGCUUUGCCAACAACGUCGAGGGCUCCUAUCUGAGUGGCAGCCAUCGUUCGAAGAAAGAGGACCAGGACCGGAGCCGUCACCACCGGCGUCGUGGCGAGGAUGAAGACUAUUAUGGGCGGUCCAGCAGCGGCCGAGAGCACCGUGGCCACAGCCGCCACGAGCAGACCGGCCACGACAACACCUACUAUGAUGCUUAUGAACGGUCACCACGCGCUGCGAUCCAGCGGCGAAAUAGCGCCCGGAUCGAGGAUGCUAGCCUCGAGGAUACGCAACGACGGGCAAGCAAGCACAGCCGGGCGGGUGGCUCGCGUCGUGUCGAGGUGGAGGUGAGGUACUCGUGA